AUGGCGGAGACCACUUCCCAAACUGACACAUAUUUACUACAACGUGGGAUUCAGGGGUCUUGCCGACUCACUGCCCAGCACUACUUACUUACUCAAAGAGCCGGCGGCUUGCUCCACCCAGCCAUUGCCAACGAGAUCAGAUCGAAAAAAGACCUGGCCAUUGCUGAUGCUGGCUGUGGUAACGGAAUAUGGGCUAUUGAGAUCGCAGAGAAGCACCCAUUAGCAGAGGUAAUCGGAAUUGAUGUGUCAGAUGCGCAGUUUCCCGCGCCAUGGACCUGCCCAGACAACUGCUGCUUUCACAAACUCGAUCUCAUGCAGCCUGUUGACGAGGCAUAUAUUAGUUGCUUUGAUUUGAUCAAUGUGCGGUUGCUUGCAGGGCCUCUGAAUGGGAGCGACUUCACCCCGAUAAUUGACAACCUAUUUCGGAUGCUAAAACCGAAUGGAUGGAUCCAGUGGCAGGACAUUUCAUCCCCGGGCAUUCGUGCCUAUGACUCCUCAGAGAGUUCUGAUAUCAUGCCUCAUUGGAGGCAACCAGCCGCGAUCUCAACUCAAUUCUCGGCGUUUGUCAGGUCAACGGAAUGGCUUGGGCAAUUGCCGACCUUUAUGAAACAGCGUGGAUUCAUAGACAUCGAGAUAUAUGAAUGCCUUCCGAAAACAACUAUUUUGAGGCACGAAACCGAUGAUAUUGGAUUAGUUUUAAUCGAGCUGUCAAAGGCCCGUCCAAGGGUGGAGCCAGAUACAGCCGCCAAGUUCAAAGAUGCUGUUGCCGAACUGCUCCAGGAGAUCUCGGAGGGACGAUUGUUCACUGUGGUGCUCCAAACCACUAUCGGGAGAAAACCGCGUGGUGCUCUUACGAGAACGGAAGCCGUUAGGAACACUUGUUCGGAAUGA